CCCCCCGUCCCCUCCGCCCCCCAGCUCCCGGGCGCCCGCCUCCCUCCUUCUCGGACUGUCUCCCGACACGCCGGCUGAGAGCCCUUUUUGACUGCGAGCGGCGGCAGCGGAGCAGAGGCUGCGGCGCGAGACCUGCAGUCGCCCGGGAUUCCCUCCAGGUGACGAUGCUCUGGUUCUCCGGCGUCGGCGCUCUGGCUGAGCGUCCCUGCCGGCGCUCGCCUGGGAUUACCUGCUGCGUCUUGCUGCUGCUCAAUUGCUCGGGGGUCCCCAUGUCUCUGGCUUCCUCCUUCUUGACAGGUUCUGUUGCAAAAUGUGAAAAUGAAGGCGAAGUCCUCCAGAUUCCAUUUAUCACGGACAACCCUUGCAUAAUGUGUGUCUGCUUGAACAAGGAAGUGACAUGUAAGAGAGAGAAGUGCCCCGUGCUGUCCCGAGACUGCGCCCUGGCCAUCAAGCAGAGGGGAGCCUGUUGUGAGCAGUGCAAAGGUUGCACCUAUGAAGGAAAUACCUAUAACAGCUCCUUCAAAUGGCAGAGCCCAGCUGAGCCUUGUGUUCUACGCCAGUGCCAGGAGGGCGUUGUCACAGAGUCUGAGGUACGCUGUGUGGUACAUUGUCAAAACCCUUUGGAGCAUCUGGGAAUGUGCUGCCCCACGUGUCCAGGGUGUGUGUUUGAGGGUGUCCAGUAUCAAGAAGGAGAGGAAUUUUACCCGGAAGGAAGCAAAUGUACCAAGUGUUCCUGCACUGGAGGCAGGACACAAUGUGUGAGAGAAGUCUGUCCCAUUCUCUCCUGUCCCCAGCACCUUAGUCACAUACCCCCAGGACAGUGCUGCCCCAAAUGUUUGGGUCAGAGAAAAGUGUUUGACCUUCCUUUUGGGAGCUGCCUCUUUCGAAGUGAUGUUUAUGACAAUGGAUCCUCGUUUCUCUAUGAUAACUGCACAGUUUGCACUUGCAGGGACUCUACUGUGGUUUGCAAGAAGAAGUGCUCCCACCCUGGUGGCUGUGACCAAGGCAAGGAGGGCUGUUGUGAAGAGUGCCUCCUACGAGUGCCGCCAGAAGACAUCAAAGUGUGCAAAUUUGGCAACAAGAUUUUCCGGGUAUGUCACGAGACAAGCACAUGGGAACUCCUGCAUUACUACGCUAACAGCCCAACUCUGUUGUCUGUGAUCUUUUUUACCCACAAGCAAGGAUGCACAUCCCUGCCUGUCCUCCAGAGAUGUAAGUAUCUCUUGUGGAAGAAGGGUUUUAUGAUUGAAUUCCGUGUCUAUCCUGCCCCCGUCCUGCAACUCCCCCAGAGGCAAAGGAGUGCCAUUUGUGAGAAGGGCUAUGAGGCCUGCAGUGCGGACUGGGGAAAAAUUCUCAACAGAAAAGGAUGCUGUCCUAUUUGCACUGAAAAGCCCGGCGUUUGCACGGUGUUUGGAGAUCCCCACUACAACACUUUUGACGGUCGGACAUUUAACUUUCAGGGGACGUGUCAGUACGUUUUGACAAAAGACUGCUCCUCCCCUGCCUCGCCCUUCCAGGUGCUGGUGAAGAACGACGCCCGCCGGACGCGCUCCUUCUCGUGGACCAAGUCGGUGGAGCUGGUGCUGGGCGAGAGCAGGGUCAGCCUGCAGCAGCACCUCACCGUGCGCUGGAACGGCUCGCGCAUCGCGCUCCCCUGCCGCACGCCGCACUUCCACAUCGACCUGGAUGGCUACCUCUUGAAAGUGACCACCAAAGCAGGCUUGGAAAUAUCCUGGGAUGGAGACAGUUUUGUAGAAGUCAUGGCUGCCCCGCAGCUCAAGGGCAAGCUCUGUGGUCUUUGUGGCAACUACAAUGGACAUAAACGUGAUGACUUAAUUGGUGGAGAUGGAAACUUCAAAUUUGAUGUGGAUGACUUUGCUGAGUCUUGGAGAGUGGAGUCCAAUGAGUUCUGCAACAGACCUCAGAGAAAGCCAGUGCCUGAGCUGUGUCAAGGGACAGUGAAGGUAAAGCUCCGGGCCCAUCGAGAAUGCCAGAAGCUCAAAUCCUGGGAGUUUCAGACCUGCCACUCAACUGUGGACUAUGCCACUUUCUACCGGUCCUGUGUGACAGACAUGUGUGAAUGUCCAGUCCAUAAAAACUGUUACUGCGAGUCAUUCCUGGCAUAUACCCGGGCCUGCCAGAGAGAGGGCAUCAAAGUCCACUGGGAGCCUCAGAAGAAUUGUGCAGCCACGCAGUGUAAGCAUGGUGCUGUGUACGAUACCUGUGGCCCAGGAUGUAUCAAGACCUGUGACAACUGGAAUGAAAUUGGUCCUUGCAACAAGCCGUGCGUUGCUGGUUGCCACUGUCCAGCAAACUUGGUCCUUCACAAGGGCAGGUGCAUCAAACCAGUCCUUUGUCCCCAGCGGUGACCUUUGUUUCGAUCCUUAAGACUUUGAAACCUGGUGAUUUUGACACUGAAGCGGAAGAGCCAAUGAAGGACUGCAGUAUUUGCGUGCCUGAUUCUGUAAACACACACACACACACACACACACACACACACACACAC